AGGGAGUGAAGUCUCUUGUGGUUGAAUGAAAUACGGGCUCUUUGGCCGUGACGAGAUGCGCUCGUGCUCCCUCCUCUUUCUCCUCCCUUUGUGCGGUUGACAAGCUCUGUAUAGGCACGUUUGUGAAGCAGAGAUAAUGGAUGUGCCUCCAACCUAUGUGGACCUUGGAAAGCCUGCCAGGGAUGUUUUUACCAAGGGAUAUGGCUUUGGACUCAUCAAGCUGGACUUGAAGACAAAGUCUGAGAAUGGAUUGGAGUUCACCAGCACAGGCUCUGCCAACACUGAGACCAGCAAGGUUUCUGGUUCCCUGGAGACAAAGUACAAAUGGGCAGAACAUGGGCUGACAUUCACUGAGAAGUGGAACACUGAUAACACCCUGGGGACUGAGAUCACUUUGGAGGAUCAGAUGGCUAAAGGACUAAAGCUGACGUUUGAUUCCUCCUUUUCGCCAAAUACUGGCAAGAAGAGUGGCAAAAUCAAGACUGGUUAUAAGUGUGACCACAUCAAUCUUGGCUGUGACGUGCACUACGACAUUAAUGGAACGACUAUCCAUGGUGCAACAGUGGUGGGCUAUGAAGGCUGGCUUGCUGGCUACCAGGUGUCCUUUGAGGCCGGUAGGAACAGGAUCACCCAGAGCAACUUUGCUGUUGGAUACAAGACUGAUGAGUUUCAGCUUCAUACAAAUGUAAAUGAUGGCACUGAAUUUGGUGGGUCAAUUUAUCAGAAAGUGAAUGAUCAGCUGGAGACAGCCGUAAACCUGGCCUGGACUGCUGGGAACAGCAACACCCGCUUUGGCAUUGCUGCCAAGUAUCAAAUUGAUCCAGAUGCAUCUUUUUCUGCCAAAGUGAACAACUCAAGCUUGGUGGGCCUGGGCUACACUCAGACUCUGAAGCCUGGUAUCAAGCUAACGCUGUCUGCUCUUCUGGAUGGCAAGAACAUCAACGCUGGUGGCCACAAGCUCGGUCUUGGUCUUGAGUUCCAGGCAUAGGAAGAGAGCAAACCCUCACUCAAAUUCCUUUCCGAGAACAACCCAAAUCCUUUAUUGAUUAGGUGUCCCUCACAAAAUCCCCUUUUCCUUAGAUAUGCUACAGAUGGAAGUAAAGGAGUAUAAAUUUUUAUUUGUUCUUGUGAUGGCUUACCACUUUAAGGGAAC